GAGAUCAGCGUCCUGUGUCGCAAAGUCACCCCUACUGUCCGAGCAAGCUGUGAGCGUGACCGUACAGCAGGUUAUUUGUUUCUUUUGCAGGACAUGGGAGGCACAGAAAGCACGGGGAGGAAAGUAUCUUUCGGUCUGAACGAAGAAGAUAACGUUACUGUUUUGCAAGGAAUUAAGUUGUCUGAAGAUGUUCGUCAAAGGAUGCGGGAGGCGAGCCAUUCUUCAGAAAAACCUCAGUCCCCAAAACCAGAGAGUCGGAAGCCUGACCCAGCUCCAGGUGGACAUUCUUCAGCUGAGAUGCCAGAGGAGCUAAGAAAACGGUUCGAGCUGGAGCAGGCUCUGCUGAGGGAGGAGUUGGCACGCAUCACCCGCAGAGAGAAAGAGUCUGUGGGAGACGAUGUGAACCCUGCUGUUCUUCAAGAAAGAGUCAGAACCAAAGAGGAGCAGAAGAAUGUGCAGAACUUGGCCAGACAGCUAGGGAGAAAAGAUGCUGAACUGAAACAUCUGGCUGCUUUCUACAAAGAGCAACUGCAGCUCCUGGAGAAUAAGAAUAAAGAAUACUACCAGCAGUCAACCCAGAUGUACAACGAGGCAGCAACUAAAGCUAGUGCCAGCAUCAGAAAGAAGAAUACAGUUCCCAUAUGUUCAGAGAUGCAGUCUCAGGUGCUGAACUGUUUUAAAGAGAACAGACAUCAGACUCUGCAUUGCUCCAGCCUGGCAAAGGAAUAUAUGAACUGCAUUAACUCAGCCAAGAAGAACAUAAUGGUCAACCAUGGAUCAUGAAGAUGAAGAUGAUGACAACAGUGAGCAUGAGGAAGGGGAAAAGAGCGACCACAUAACUCACCACUCGAAUCCAACAGUAUAGUUUUUAAUGUGCAUGGAUGAGAGAGACUACAGAGGAGUGUGUGCAUUCCUGCAAAUGAUUUCUUUUGUUUGUAUAUAUAUAUUAAAAGAAAAGUUCAUGUGUGUGACAGAAUUCCCUCUGCAGCUGUUGAAUGAGGGGGAUAUUAUCUUGGCGUGUGUGCGUGUUUGGAGAGACGUUGAUUUGCUUGGAUAUAGUUGUCUUGACAGUAUCAUAUCUCGCACAAUAAAACAUCUGCAACACCAGUCA